AUGAAAUCUUUCUCCAUUUUAUUUCUUCUAGUUUCUAUUCCACAUAUCAUCUGCCAACAACCACUUCCACUGUCACAAUCUCCCAGUUAUUAUGGAGAAUUUCAUGGAUCCAACCUUGGUUAUCCCCCUGUUCCCAAUCUGCUCCCUCAGUUCCAAGCAAUGAAUCUUUACGGAGCAACAACUGAACCAAGAAGAGCAAUUCCAAAACAAGCAGAUGGGACGGACUGUCCAAUGCCACCAGAAUGUGGAUGUCUUUGUGGAAGAAGUGGUGGAAGAAAGAAGAGAGAAGCUGUCGAAUUCUGGAAAAAUACAGAAGAACCUGAAUCUGAGAUCAGAUGUACUUCUGGGAAGUUGAGAAGAGUUGUGGAAUUGGCGAUUUCGAAUGCAGAUCAAGCAGGAAUACAGUUUGAUCUUGGAGUGAACACUCUUCAAAAUUAUGUUCUUUUCUGUCAAGCUGAGAAAUUCAAAAAUCUUCAAUUCUCCACAGACUCCACAAAGUACUGUCACGUAUCACGUGGACCUGUCAACUGUCUCAUCAUUCAACAUUGA